AUCCACAGCUCCAUAUCUUAAUUAAGCUAAGUUCAAAUUUGAGUCUUCAAUGGCGGAUGAGGUGUUGUUGUUGGACUUCUGGCCAAGCCCAUUUGGGAUGAGGCUGAGAGUUGCACUGGCUGAGAAGGGCAUUCAGUACGAGUACAAAGAGGAGGACUUGAGUAACAAGAGUGCACUGUUGCUCCAGUCGAACCCGGUUCACAAGAAGAUCCCGGUUCUCAUUCACAAUGGCAAACCGGUGUCCGAGUCCCUAGUUGCCCUUGAGUACAUUGAUGAGGUUUGGAAGGAUAAAACUCCUCUGUUGCCCUCUGAUCCUUACCUUAGAGCCCAAGCCAGGUUCUGGGCUGACUUCGUUGACAAGAAGGUGUAUGAGAUUGGGAAGGUGCUACGGUCAGCCAAAGGAGAAGAACAGGAAGCAGCUAAGAAAGAGUUCCUUGAGUGCAUUGGAUUGUUGGAAGAGAAGCUUGGAGACAAGCCUUACUUUGGGGGUGAGACCCUCGGGUUCGUUGAUGUGGCUCUUAUACCGUUCUAUAGCUGGUUUUAUGUGUAUGAGAAAUUUGGCAACUUCAGUAUAGAGGCAGAGCAGCCAAAGUUUUAUGGAUGGGCAAAGAGGUGCAUGCAGAAGGAGAGUGUGUCCAAGUCUCUUGCUGACCAGAAAGCGAUCUAUGACUUUUUUCUGCAGCGCAUGAAAGCGAGGGGGAUUGAUCAGUAGAUGCAUGGGCACUUGAGCUUGUGCUUUUUCUCUCUCUAGUUUCAACCUGUGUUUUGUGUUCUUUAUAUUUGCAAUAAGGCGGCACUUGACCAAGCCCGCUACAGUAUAUGGGGGAGCUUUGUUGUAUAUGGUUUUUUAGUCAAAUUAUCAAAUUGUUGUGAACUUUUUAUAUCAAA